AUGAACAUACAAGUGAUAUUGUUUGCAGUAAUAAUAUUUUCGUCGUCGUUACUUGUUUGUCUGAGUCCAAAGAUAAUAACAUCUCUUAAAGUGGUUAGGAAAGUGUUCCCUUUUUUGACUCUUUUGACUGCUGGAUUUCUUCUUGGCGUUCAGCUUCUAGAAUUGAGUCCCCACAUGGUCUCUGAUUGCCAUGAACACAAAGGACAUAACCAUGGCCAUCACACCCAUGAGUCUCCUAUGCUGGGAUUCUUCACUGCUGGCCUUUCCUUCAUAUUCCUCUUAGCCAUUGAUACUAUUGUUCUGAAGCAUAAACACUGUGAAGAAGAAGAAAAAAAGAAGCACACCCACGAUACUGAAUGUCAUGGGAACGACCCCCAUCGCAGAAUAAGUACCCGAGGAAAUAAUCAUGUACCAAAGCCUGGUGAAAAGGCUCUGGACACUCCGGCCUCAGGAAAAGAAGCAGAAAGACUAGGAUGCUGUGACCCCAGUGGAGCUAUAAAAAACACAUCCUCAAGAACACAGGUAUUUAUAUACAUACUUGGUAUUUCCAUUCAUUCAUUCUUUGAAGGUUUGGCAUUCAAUUCUAUCGAUAAGAUCGGCUCUUUGGAGAUGGGCCUUAUCCUCCAUAAGGUUCUGGAGUCCUUUGCUCUUGGUGUUCCUUUAUUCACUUCUGGAUUUAAUUUCUCCACAGGAUUAAUUCUUGCUUUGUUUUAUUCAUCUCUCACGCCUAUCGGGAUUAUGAUAGGAUCUGCUCCUGGAUUCUUUGGCCAUACCAUCAAAAACAUCUUCAAAGGGCUUGCUCUAGGAAGCAUAAUGUUCAUGGUAUCUAUUGAGAUGAUUCCCCCGAUGUUCAAUCACCCAAAGGUAAGCAGGAUUCAUGGGAUACUUACUUUGUUGAUAGGUUACCUGUCUAGUGCUGUAGUAAUUCAUUGCUCUCACCCUCAUUAG